AUGAAGUUCACCUCUGCCGUCGGGGCCUUGGGGGCCUCGAGCGUGCUCUUGUCUGGUGUCAGCGCUAUUCAGCUCGACAUCACCUCGACCGACAACAUCAAGCAGGUCGCAAAGUCAAUCUCCGCCAACCUGCGCCAGUACUACACUGGCGACCGUGUUGGCGACACACCUGGAAACUUGCCCGACCCGUACUAUUGGUGGGAAUGCGGUGCCAUGUUCAAUGCUUUCAUUGACUACUGGUACUACACCGGCGACGACCAGUACAACGGCAUUACCACCCAGGCUUUGCAGCACCAGAUUGGAGACUACGAUGCCUUCAUGCCGGCCAACCAGACCAAGACGCUCGGAAACGACGACCAGGCUUUCUGGGGAAUGGCCGCCAUGACUGCUGCUGAGAACAAGCUACCUGAUCUUACAGACGGGUCACCCUCAUGGCUUGCCCUUGCUCAGGCCGUUUUCAACACUCAAAAGGACCGCUGGGAUAAUGCGACUUGUGGAGGAGGAUUGAAGUGGCAGAUCUUCACCUUCAACAACGGUUACAACUACAAAAACACCAUCUCCAAUGGUUGCUUCUUUAAUAUCGCUUCCCGCCUUUACAAGUACCUUGGCAACGAAACCUACGGGACCUGGGCUGAGCAGGCUUGGGAAUGGGAGCUUUCUGUUGGUCUCAUGAGCGCCGACUACCACUUCUACGACGGUACCGACGACACGCAGAACUGCUCUACCAUCAACCACAUCCAAUGGACCUACAACGCUGGUGUACACAUGGCUGGGGCUGCGGCUAUGUGGAACGUCACUCAGAACGACCUCUGGAAGACUCGUGUCAAGGGCCUUAUCGACGGUGCCAGUGUCUUUUUUAAGGACAAUGUCAUGACUGAAGUUGCCUGCGAGAACAACGGCAAGUGCGAUGUCGACCAGCGAUCUUUCAAGGCUUAUCUGGCUCGCUGGAUGGGAUACACUGCCAUCGUUGCCCCAUGGACACGCACUUACAUCGACCCCUUGCUCCAAGCUUCGGCCAAGGCUGCUGCUGCGCAGUGCACUGGAGGCACAAACCAGACAUCUUGCGGUCUUCGAUGGAUUGACAACGGCGUAAACGAUGGAAGCUUCGGUGUCGGCGAGCAGAUGGCGGCCAUGGAGGUUAUUCAGGCUUUGCUCUACCCUACUGUUUCUGGACCUGCCACACAGAACAACGGCGGCAUUUCGACCUCUAACCCUGACGCUGGUUCCGACGUUCCUCAGACGGCCGUCAGCUUCAACGCUGUCACAACUGGCGACAAGGCGGGUGCAAGCAUCUUGACCAUCAUCGUUCUUGUUGCUAUCGUUGCUGGCGCCUGGUGGAUGGUCUCGUAG